AACACUGAAGUACAAUUCCUACAUAAUGCCACUUUAAAUAAUGGGCAUUCAUACACCUGAAAAUCUCUUGUUUUUUAAAACAAACACAACCCUGACACAGAUGUCAAAUUUAGUCUGACUAUAUCAAACACAGGUUCAAAUCUGAUAGUGAAUGAAUAUUGUGACAGUACCAUCAACCCACAUUGGCCUCCGCGUAAAUAAACAGCUUAAUGGUUUGUGACCAACCUUUUUAUGAUUUAUUUAUUAAACUCCACAGGACAGUUUAACACCAUCAUCUCUGCAAAAUGCCGGUUGGAAUCUUUACCAGAUACAGGGAUAAGCUGUUUGUCACCAAUCAAGCUCUCACUUCCAAGAUCGUGGAAAACCCUCUCCUCCCUUUCAUUAAAAAAGACAAUCGUAAGUUCUGAUGACACAUUUUCUAUAGUCUGCUGAAUAAGCUUGUAAUUGAAUCUUAUGAAAAAAAAAAAGUCUGAAUACUUUUGUGUGUGUGUGUGUGUGUUUGUGUGUUUGCAGUCCUUGUGUAUGAAUAUUUCCAUGACCAUCUAUUAAAAGGCACUUUGUUGUUGGUUGCAUCCACUAUCUGCAUGGCUGUGUACCUGAAUGUUGAUCUUCUGCAUGGCGGUAUCUUUGUGGCUUAUCUGCUCAGGGGCCUUCCGCCGGCGCCUCGUGAUCGACAAUGAUAAGGGGGAGUACCGAUUUUACGUCCACACACACCUGCGACACAGGGGGCCCCUUAACCAAAUCUACAUUCGCAUCAUUGCACAAAAAAGCGAUCGAAAAAGUCUAAUGUACAGACUUGUUCUGAAUGGAUACAAGAUCGACAGUUAUACAAUCUGUGGCUUUUCUGAGAAAUACAAGCUGCUGGAGUGCCAGGGCAGGACAAUCGCAACCAACCUAAAGCUGAACUACUUUGACUACAUAGACACCUCGAAACGCCACUGUGUGAUUCACCGGCCUAAAAUUGGAGCAAACAGGGGUGCAAUAUGAGGUUAUGAUGACACCCAUAACAACUCUGAACAAGCCUCUAAAAUGCACUGUGCAACAUUUAUUAAAACUAUUCUUGCAAGCAGUAAUAUAAUGUAAAUGUAUGUAUUCUUGUAUGCCCUCAUGUAUAUGUAAAGGAAAAUACAGGGAGUUACUUCAGUGCAAGUAAGAAGUGAUGUAGAGGUACUUGCAGUGUAAUAUGCAAGGUUUAUCAGGGCUAUUUGUUGGAAAUACACUUACUACUAUUGCUUUGUUUUGUGAUGUAAAAAGGGACAUUUCAGAGUAGAGCCUUUCUGUAAACCGUGUAAACUCAGUGCCCUAGACAACCUUUAUCUGAUGGGCUGCAUAAGUCUGGGGCACUCAGUGGAACUUCACCUGGCUUAUCACUUUUUUAGUCAUUAUGAUUUUACUAUAGUUUAGAUAUGUCCUAUGUAAGAUACCAUGGGUGUAUUUGGAUUGGGCCUAU